AUGUCGACGUCCGCCGCUUGGGCGAGCGUGCUCACGGUGGCCAUCGCCGCGGGGGUGGCGAUCUACAGCGGCCAGUGGGACCCGCUGCGCGCCCUGACCUCGGACUCCGCUUGCGCCCCGGCCGAUGCUCCCAGGCCGAAGUACUACAUCCCAACCAAGACGAUCACCCACCUGCCGCACGUGAGAGCCGCGUUCGAAAAGGCUGGCUAUGAUGUCAUGCGGCCCGAGAAUUACACGGAUGACUGGCACGUGAUGUGGACUUUCCACAAUCCCUUCUACCCGAGGGAAGGGGAGGUCGAUUUGCCUGACCAGAUGCAGAAACUGAAGCCGGAACAGAAGGUGAAUCAAAUUCCUGGCAGCAGCUUCUUCACUAGCAAAUGGGAACUCGCAAAACGGGCGGAUCAUUUCGAUUUUGUACCGCGGUCAUUCGUCAUGCCAGAACAGCAUGAUGAAUUUAUCAGGUACUACCAGAGCCAGCCAACAGGGUCGAUUUGGGUAAAGAAGGGCUCAAAACACAGAGGGGUGACAGCGAUCGACCCACUGGAUCCCGUUUUGAGCAGUGCAGGGUUGGAAGAGACAUUCGUGCAACAAUUUGUGAGGCCCUACCUCAUCGACAACCGGAUGUUCGAUGUGGGCAUCUAUGUUGCAAUCACCUCCUACAACCCAUUACGGGCAUAUUAUUUCGACAACCUCCUGCUGAGGUUCUGCAGUAUGGAGUUCAAUGAGGACAUAUCCAACGCAGACAGAGAGUCUUACGUGAUCGAGGACGACUACCUGCCGCCGUGGUCCAUCCUGUCCCUGAGGAAUUACUUCCGAAUGGGGAUGAGUACGGCCAAUGCUUUCAGGGGCCACUUCACGAGCAAGGGCAUUGACGCUGGGGCCAUUUUGGAGCGCAUCAAGGCGUCCGUCGCCCAGCUGCUGGUAGACUACGAAUCCACUCUGAUGAAUUCUGCAAAUUACUACCCCAACGGCCGAAAGAAUUUCUUUUCCCUUUAUCGUUUCGACUUCAUAAUCGACCGCAACUUCAAGCCUUGGCUCCUGGAGGUGAACCAGAGCCCGAAUUUGUCGUCGAAGCACACCAAGGACUUGAAAAACAUGUUCCAGAGAAUUGCGUACGACCUGCUGUCUCUGGUGGGUUUGUUCCCCGGAUCAAUAAACCACCCUGACACCACCGAGAAGGACAUGGAAGUCAUCAUCCACACCAACGACGUGGACAUUGGCUACGACAUCUGCCCAAGCUGCCAGGACAUCUGCUCAACAGGCUUGUGUUAUGUCUGCCGGAGGUGCAGGACUCCGAGCCAAUCCAGAAUGAUCAAGGAGCUCAUCAGCGAACACCGCAACGCCCGAGGCUUCAAGCGCCUGUACCCACCGUACGAACGCCUGCGGGGCUUGAUGAACAACGCCACGGCCAAGGGGCCCAACAACCAAUUGCUGGAAACCUGGCUUGCACUGAAAUGCAGGGACGACUACACUUGGUGCUGA